AUGAAACUUCUCACUAUCACAUUCAUUGUGACGAUAUCCACAUUAGUGUCUGCCCAGAGCGUCAAAGUCUGCGGCGGCGCCUAUUGGGAUGGUACAUCCAAAUGUGAACCUGGGUACAGAUGCGCACCUGUGAUGGCUGGACUCUCGGUCUGUCUCCCUGCCGUGGCGGCUCCUACGCGUGACAACGUGUCUGGUCCUCCAGCGACACGUACUGCCGCGGAUAGUACCUCAAUUGCAACUCACGUCACUGCGUGA